GUGCACCAUGGCUCCAGGAGACUUCAAGCCUUCCAUCUGUGUCCUCUUGCUGAUCCUCGUAGACCUGACCCGGGGCUCAGGGGGCCCUGUGCUGCCCAACAUUCCCUUUGUAGUGGUCUGGAAUGCCAACACCUAUUUGUGUGAAGAAAAUUUUCAAGUGAACAUCAGCUUGGAUGCUUUCCACGUGGUAGCCAACCCAAGUCAGGUCUUCAGGGGACCAAACAUGACCAUCUUCUAUAGACCCGAUCUGGGCAUUUACCCUUGGUACACGCAGGCUAAGCAGCCCAUCAAUGGGGGCCUGCCGCAGAAUGCCAGUCUCCAGGGCCACUUAACCAAGUCCUCUAAAGAUAUCCUGGCCACCUUGCCUGAGUCUGACUUCCAUGGAAUUGUGGUCAUCGAUUGGGAAGAAUGGCGCCCUAAUUGGAAGACGAACUGGGACUCAAAGAAAAUCUACAGGAAUCAAUCUCUGGCCCUGGUGAGAGAAGAGCACCCAGACUGGUCUCCCUCCCAGGUAAAGGAGAUGGCUAAGAAACAAUUUGAGGAGGCAGCCAAGGAGUGGAUGGUUGAAACCUUAAAGCUGGGGAAGUUGCUGCGGCCCAGGGGACUCUGGGGCUAUUAUGGCUUCCCAGACUGUUACAAUUACAACUUCCAGGAGCCCAAUUACACCGGAGAGUGCCUCCCGGCGAUCCGGCACCUGAAUGACAAGUUGUCGUGGCUGUGGGAGCAGAGUCGGGCCCUCUAUCCUAGCAUCUACCUUCCCCUGGAGCUGGAGGACACAGGGAAAUCACUGCUCUUUGUCCGUUCGAGGCUGCAAGAGGCUUUCAGAGUGGCACGGAAGAGCCAGAAUCCUGACCAGCCCAUCUUGCCCUAUGCGCAGAUCUUUUAUGCGUUGACAGAUGUCUUUUUGCCCUGGGAGGAGUUGGAGAAUACCAUUGGGGAGAGUGCGGCCCAGGGGACAGAUGGAAUUGUAAUGUGGCUGAGUGGAAGCCAUGAACUCAGUAAGGAAUCCUGCCAGAAUAUUAAGGAUUACGUGGAUACCACUCUUGGACCCUUUGUUCUGAAUGUAACCAGCAGUGCCUACAUCUGUAGUGAGGCACUGUGCUCAGGACAUGGGAGAUGUGCCCGCCGCCAGCAUCACCCCCAUGCCUUCCUUUUCCUUGAAGACAGCUUUUCUAUCUAUCAACAGCCAGGCAGUGGGCACUUACGCCUUCAAGGUUUCCUGGAAGAGAAAUCCUUGGAGAAGAUGAAAACACAAUUUGAGUGUCGAUGCUAUACAGGCUGGACUGGCAAGCACUGUGACCACCUGGAAAGCCAGUGAAGAAACAUUGCAUUGCCUUGGGUAGGAGCAAAAGAAUAGUUGAAAAGGUCACUGAUCUUUAUUCUCUGUGGUCCUGGCUUAUAUUGUAAGCCUUCCCCCUCCAAUUGCCCUGCAUCCCACCCUUUAAUGACCAUCACUCUGGAAAAUACUGGCUAUAUGACCUUGGAUAAGUUAUUCCAUCUCUCUGAACCCUGGGGUUCUCUCUCAACAGGAGAUAAUAUGCCCUUUGAGUUGUUUGGAGGAAAAGUGCUUUAUAAAUUUCAAAGUCCCCUAGAAGUGAGAACAGCAUUAUUAUAAGAACACAAUUUUUAUCAAUCUGGGGGGAGGGGUGGGGAGAAGGGAACCUGCAGAUUGUAUUUGUCAUAUUUUCAUGAUGGUUUUGUUUCUGGGUGGGUCUUUCCCUGGGGAUAAGAGGAAGAAAGGGAGAGUAGAGCAUUGUCAGGGGCUGUAGGGGUGAGAGGUAUUGCAGAUGGUAUAUUUGCAUUUCCAGUAUUUUUAUUUAAAGGGAAAAAUCAAUCAUUUUAUCCAUCUGUGCAAUGAUUUGUUGAACAUUCAAAAUAAAUGAUCACUAACAGAACUCAUAGUGUCGUGUCGUAGGAGAGCUUUAAGGUGAAACCUCAGGUUCGGGACAGGCUGCCCUUUUGCAAGAAUGCAAGACUCCAAAAAUUAAC